AUGCAAAUCGAGUUGAAAGAAAGAAGUGUCCGCGACCGCGGCGCCAUCUCUUUCCGCCUCAAGUUUUUCGAACGCGCACGACAGAGAGCGCGAAUCCAGAGUGGAUUACCAUUUGAGCAGGAGGAAGAGAGAGGGAGUCGUUCGGUGUUCGUGGCGAGUGCGGCGUUCGCCAGUCGCUCGGUGCCGCGACUCCGCGGUGACCGCGCUUUCUUGUACGCGGAGUUUGGCGGGAAAAGUUCCCGCCCAAAAAUUAACAAAAUAUUUUCGGACGCUAAUAAGUUGGCGAGCGGUGGCGGCGGCGGCCGUGGCCUGUUCUGCUACCACUGUCCGCCGAGCUUGCCGCCCCAUCAGCACCGACUACCCACGCUGGAGUAUCCUUUCACGGCGUCACAUCCGUAUACGAGCUACUCGUACCACCCGGCGAUACACGAUGACACGUUCGUGCGUCGAAAACAGCGCCGUAACCGAACCACCUUCACAUUGCAACAGCUGGAGGAGUUGGAGACGGCGUUUGCGCAGACGCAUUACCCUGACGUAUUCACGCGCGAAGACCUGGCACUCAAGAUCAAUUUAACCGAAGCUAGGGUACAAGUUUGGUUCCAAAACCGAAGAGCGAAAUGGCGGAAAGCAGAACGGUUGAAAGAGGAACAGCGCAAGCGAGAGGGCGCUGAUGUUCUCACCAAAAGGGAUCCCUCUGAUGACAAGGGUUCAUCGGAGUGUGGUAUGUCAAGAGGUUCAGCGGAGGCGUCGCCGGUGUCAGGAGUGGCGUCGCCUCGCGGCUCGCCGCCUGUCACUCCAGGGUCGCCCCGACGUUCACCUCUCCGCUCGCCACGCCGUUCACCCAACAGAUCACCACGACCGGAGAGGUCAGAGACGAGCUGCCCAUCUCCGGCUCCAUCAGUAGGAAGUGCUGGUUCCAGGGACGCGCCGCCCGAGCACCGGCCACCUCACCAUAUAUUCUCACCUUUUGACCAUACGGGUGCAUUCCGCUCGUCACCAGGAGGCGCGACGGAGCCGCCGCCCGCGCCCCCGCCCCCCUUGUUCUUGCCGCCGCACCUGUCUCACCUGUCGCAGCACCUGAACCAUUUGUCGCAACCAUUUUUCCCAUUAAAAGGCUGGGGUGCCCCGUGCCCAUGUUGCCCAAAAGAAGAAGCCCGCUCGUCAAGCGUCGCGGAACUCCGACGGAAGGCGCAUGAACAUUCCGCGGCGUUACUCCACUCGCUUGCAAGUUUCCAGUCGCGGGCGUUACUACCGCUACCGCUUCACCUACCGCCGCUACCGCUAUCGUUGUUACCACCGGAUACUUCGCAACCACAGUCCGCUCCAGAUCCUCCUAAGCACCUUGAGUGAUUUUUUUUUAAAUAUAAUGGCGAAUAGGCAAUGAAAAUAUAAGUGUAUUAUUAAUCGUGUUACAAUCAUUAUGUUUGAAAAUAGAAUGCUGUUAUAGCGGAACUCCGACGAUGGAUAUAUACUCGUUAAUAAAUAAUAAAUAUUCCGCUACGUUACUCCACUCGCUUGCAAGUUUCCAGUCGCAGUCGUUACUAGCACAGUCGCUUCACCUACAGCUAUCGCUAUUGUCACCGGAUAUUUUAACCAUAGUCCGUCUCAUAUCCUCCUAAGCACCUUGUGUGACUUAUUUUGCAAAAAUAUACUAGAAAGGAGAAUAAGUAAAGAAACUUUAAACAUAUUUACUGGGUACAAAGAAAUAAAACCUGAGUCCUCAGGAAUGGCAAAUGUUGAAAUGAUAGCUUAUUCUAUACGACAAGUAAGCUGAUGUCGAUAAUGAUGAUGAUGUGCUGGUCACAUAGAACUGAUGGGGAUGGGGAUUCUUGAGUGGCGACCCCGUACGAGCAAACGUAGUGUAAGACAACCCCUCCCCCGUAGAUGGAGUGACGACUUCAAAGGUGAUGAUGAGAGAGAGAUAGAGAAUAUGAAUACAGUUGACUCGAGAUCGUUCCUUAUGGCAUUCCAUGGGUGAGGUGAUGACAGAUAACGGCCGAUGUGAUGAUGAUGAUGAUGCUUAUUCUACUACUGGUGAUAGAGUGACAAAGCGCAACUAGCGUACAAAUGAAACAAUAAAUAAAGUUUUCAUCAUUAUUCACAAUUAAUAAUAUAAUUUAAUCAAUCAUUUUACGUUUUUGUAUCCGCCAAUAUAUACUGGUAUUAUUUAGAAAUUUUAUUUUUACAUUGAAGUUCACUCUAAACCAGCAAGAAUUCCCUCGAGUGGUUAACUUGAUUAAAGCCAAGCUCAGUUUGUCAACAGUUUUUUUUUUUAAUUCUUAUAGGUCUUUAUUUUAAUAGAAUUUAUUGAAAAUUUAAAUAAAUCAAUAAUUGACCCGACCGUACUCGUAAUACAGUUUGCUGAUGUCUAAUAAAAUAACAUACUUGCACUCAUUAUUAUUAUUAUUUUCGUUAUUUUCAAUUAUAUGGUACCAGAGGGAGACUUUGUACAAAAGUUGUUUACUUGGGCACUUCUGUUCCAUUCGUGUUUCUAACGUGAAGCCGGGAAGUGGGCCGUCAGCUUAUUUGCCAUUCUAAGUUGUAUAAAAAAAAAAACCUACCAGUGCUUGUAUGCCAUUUCAGUGGUAUAAAAAAAAGGUGAUAAGUUAAUGUGAAUAUGUGUGCCAUACAUAAAAAUUGUGCCAAUGCUUUGUGCCAUAUAAGGUAUAAUUUCUACGGAUAUAAAUUAUAUACUUUCAAAGAUUAAAUUAUCAUUAAUACCAGGUAUUGUUAUGCUUAACACCAGAUACCUUUUAAAUUGUUAUGCUUAAUAGUUUAUUUUAUAAAUUGUUUUUAAUAUUGUAUUCAAAUAACUUUGAAGGAGACAUUUUUCAUCGAAAUUAAUGACACGACUUUAAUCGUUUAUAUAAAGUGAAAUUAUUUCUAAAUUUUGGAUUCUUUUGUACCUACAUACGUUCAUAUACAA